AUGAUAAUGAAGCUUGUCUUGUUCUUCCUCCUCCUCCAUUAUUACUCGACAUUAACAUUAACCUUAGCGCAAGUUUCAUCAAUGGCGCCUGCAUUAGCUCCUGCGGUUCCUGCUUUAACAAACGUCACCAAAAUCCUCGAAAAAGCCGGUCAGUUCACCAUUUUUAUUGGACUCAUGAAAUCGACCCGGGUCUCCAACCAACUCCCCGACCAGCUCAAAGACAGCAACAACGGCAUCACCAUUUUGGCACCCAGCAACGAUGCUUUCUCCACGUUGAAAUCCGGAACUUUGAACUCCCUCUCCGAUGAACAAAAAGUGAAGCUGGUCCAGUUUCAUAUAGUCCCGACGUACAUAUCAUCUUCCCAGUUUCAGACCAUUAGUAACCCUGUGAGAACGCAAGCCGGGGACAGCGGUGACGGAAACUUCCCCCUCAAUGUCACCACCGACGGAAACUCCGUCAACUUAACCUCGGGGCUCACCAACACCAGUGUUUCCGCCACCGUUUUCACCGACGGUCAGGUUGCUGUUUAUCAAAUCGAUAAGGUUCUUCAGCCUUCGCAGAUAUUUGAUCCCAGGCCUCCGGCUCCUGCGCCGGCGCCGGAAAAUACGAAGAAGAAGAGGGAAAUAGAUAUGGCUGACAGCCCCGAUGAUGAUUCCACAACUGAUAAAUCCAAAGCCGUGAGAUUCACCGUGGAAAAGAAUGUUGGUUUAUUAGGGAUCAGUGUCAUAAUAUUAUUGCACUAA